CAACCACUAGGUUCCAUUCUCCGAACUCGGCAUGGUUGGCAUGGUGAUAUUUAUCUUUACUUGACUAUUGUUAUCAAAUUAUUAAGUAAUUUCACGACAUUUAUUCACUCUUAUACAUCGAUAAGAAAAGCUCGAGAUAUAUGUCUUUAAUCUCGAUGAAAAACAAGUAAAAUGAAGAGAUAUGGCAACAAAAGCAAGAAAACAAGCAGAAGACAGACUCGUCUAAGGACUCUCAGAACUCGUGACGAAGGAUUAGCUACGAUUCAAGAAUCGAGUAUCAAGAAUGCUAGAAUCAAAUCAGCAAUUGARAAAGGCGCWGAGUCAAAAUUACCAUCGGAUACAGCCACAGGACAUUGYCUUAAGAAGUUUGAACACAACGGAAAAGAAGGRCCCUUAGUGGUUUACGCGGAAGACAGGAAAAUGUUUAAUGAAUACGGUCACUUCACGGUAAUAACCUCCUUCAAACCUUCAGAUAGUCUAAGAAACCAGUUAUUUUUUGGCUCUCAUGCGAGUAUUCCACUUAAUCUAAGCAAAGACGAGCUAGAAAUACCUCAAGCGAACUCUGUAGAUAACAAGUUUUGUAAUUCUAUACGACAAGAAUCCAAAAGCAACCAUCGCCAAAAGAACAAUGACAAUAACGUUGUUAAACAACCGCAUAGGCAAAUGAAGUCCUUUGAAGGAUUAGUCACGCGUUAUAAGAACAGACAAGAUAAAUACAGACGUUUAUUAGGAGACGAUGCAGUUUAUUUAUUUCAGAAAAUUGACCAUUUAUGUAAAGCCAAAGAAGAUAAAAAACCACAAAAAUCAGAAAAAAAUGUUCAACCAGUUUUACCCAAGAUAAAGGUGGACGAUAAAACUACAGUGGAAAAUGAAAAUAACAGGUCAAAUGAAAUCCAACUUUCUAGUAGAAAAACAAAGCCUAGGCUCCCUUAUUUAACGGUAUCUAGGURUAGUACACUGUAAAGUCAAGGUGAGAUGACAGUUUAUUCUCGUGGUUUAUUUCAAAGGAUAUCCGGCUUCACAAGAAUUGCUACCGCGCUCUUUGAUUCGGCGCUAAAUCUCGAAAUAACUUUAACGGAAACUGAAAGGGAGAACUGAAAAAAAGUAAACAAGAAAGACAACAAGGCAGACAAAAGUGAAGGGAAGACGAUAUAUGAUAAGGAUAGUGCAUUAUGUUUUAGUUUCGUCUGACAAAUUUCUGCAAUUGCGAAAUGAAAAUAUACAUGUAAUGUUUGAAGCAAAGUAAAAGUCGAAAACCAAAGAAUGUAGCAAGAUGAAACUGAACACAUAAUAGAGAAAUAAAUAUUUGAUUUAAUGAAUAA